GUCGGGUGCAGCCUUCGUGUCCGUCUCUGUCUCCGAGAGCAGCACGGCGGCGUCCGUCCUCACCGAGGUCCUCGGUCUCCUCAACAGACCGGACGAAGACGCGUCCCGGUUCAGUCUGCUGGAGGUCUGCAUGAGCAGCAAGCAAGUCCAGAGACAGACACUGAGUCCACAGGAGAAGAUUCUGGACAAACUGCAGGAGAUCAGAAAGGUGUCUCUGCGUCUGAUGAACCAGACUCGGUUCUACGUGGUGGAGACCAGGAAGCAGGCGGUGCAGGUCUGCCUGCUGAUUGGAGGACUGACUCCCCUGCUGACCAGGGAGGAGUACGAUCAGCUGAUCCAGGAUCACCUGACCAUCAAGAGCCACCUGGUCACCAUCAGCCACUUCUACGCCAGCCAAGGUGAGACGGUUUCCAUGACAACCACCUGAGCGGA